AUGCGUUUCACCGUCGCUGCUUCUCUCUUCGCCGUUGGCGUCGUGGCCUCCGAGACCCCCAUCUCGACCGCGUACGCCACCAGCCUGGUCACCAUCACCAGCUGCGGCCCUACCGUCACGGACUGCCCUGCUGAGUCGACCGUGGUCACCACCGCCACCGUGCCCAUGACCACGUCGACCGUCUACACCACCAAGGUGCACACCGUCACCGACUGUGGCCCCGAGGUCCCUGACUGCCCUGCCCACAGCACCAUCAUCAGCACCGAGACCAUCCCCGUCUCAACCACCGUCUGCCCCGUCGCCACUGAGACUCCUGAGCACCCCGAGACUCCUGAGCACCCCGAGACUCCUGAGCACCCCGAGACUCCUGAGCACCCCGAGGAGCCUGAGCACCCCGAGACUCCUGAGCACCCCGAGGAGCCUGAGCACCCCGAGGAGCCUGAGCACCCCGAGGUCCCUGAGCACCCUACCUGGACUCACCCCGCCAGCAACGCCACCUCCACCCACCCUGCUGAGCAGCCCACUGCUCCCGUUGAGGAGCCCACCGAGUGCGUGCCCAGCCACUCCACCACUGCCAUCACCAAGAGCUACACCACCGUCCUCACCUCGGUCGAGUACUCCACCAUUGAGAUCCCCUGCGAGACUGAGGCUCCCACCACCAUGCCCGCUGUCACCUACACCCAGCCCCCUGCUGGUGGCAACACCACCGUCCCUGAGGUCCCUGCCCCUGGUGCCGCUGGCAGCCUCGCUGGCUCUGCCUUCCUCGCCGGUGUCGCCGGUGUCGCCGCCUUUGUCCUUGCGUAA